GGCAUGAGUUAUACAGGCGCCAAUUAGAAUUUCGGCAUGAAGCAGUGUUCCGAAUUUUAAACUUCUCUGCUAUGUCUAUCUAUGUGUUCACGAAGUCUGUACUGGAGGCAAGCACAGUGAACGUGUGUCAAAAUCAGCGGCUGGUAAAAAAAUGAAGAGUUUGGCCCAGAGACGACAGUCGGCACCCUCUUUUAUGAUUAGCAAAGCACUUAACAAAACUAGAACACUGUCCAGAGAAAGCUGCCUAUCUCCUGUGAGCCCAGAGUUCUGCCCUCUUCUCCGGUCCAUUACAGGCCCACACAGAACAUUUCUUAUGGAAGGACCUGUCCAGCUCAAGACUGGUCUCCAAACACAAGACCGCCAUCUCUUCUUGUUCAAUGACAUUCUAGUCAUAGCAAAAUCAAAAUCUGUAACUCAUUUCAAGCUGAAGAAACAAAUGAAAGUUAGUGAGGUUUGGAUGACAUCCUACAUGGAUGGAGUGUGUGAAGGAAGUACAAGUGCAGAACAAUCCUUUGUAUUGGGCUGGCCCACAACAAAUUGCGUGGCAACUUUCAGCUCUAUUGAACAGAAGGAGAAAUGGCUCUGCUGUCUCCAAAGCUGCAUUAAAGAGGAGAAAGAGAAAGAACAUCCAAAAAGUAUUCCCUUGAAGAUCAUUACCAGGAAUGUUGCAAGCUGUGUAUAUUCGAAGGUCUUAACAGUGAAGAAUACAGACACAGCAAAUGAUGUCGUUGCCAUGACACUUCAACAGUUUGGUAUCACGGGCAGUUCUAAAGACUAUCAACUUUGGGUCACCUCUGGCAAGGAAGACACUCCCUAUCCUCUCAUUGGGCAUGAAUAUCCUUUCAGCAUUAAAAUGAGUCACAUUCAAGGUGCAGCUGGACAGACGCAAGGGUCCAAGGACUCAAUCUACCCUCCAGAUUUCCAGGGGCCUUUCAUUUUUGAACAGCUGCCUGCGGAGAUGCAGUGCCAAUUCAUCUUAAAGCCAAGUCACCUGGUGUCAUGCCAGCACAUGGCUGAUCCAAGUCAAAAGCAAUGCAAAAGGAAAAGAUCAAUUAUGAACUGGGCUUUCAGGCGUGGUUCUGGCAUUCAUUUAGAAAACACGUCUACAUCGCAUACUGCCAUAACUCCAAGAGGACUAUUCGGCCUUCCUCUUUCAACCAUUUGUGAAAGUGACAAUUUCCCAAAGCCUAUUAUGGAUAUGCUCUUCUUUUUAUUUCAUGAAGGACCAUACACCAGGGGCAUUUUCAGACGUUCUGCAAAUGCUAAAUCCUGCAAAGAAUUGAAGGAGAAGCUGAAUGCUGGAGCUGAAGUGCACUUGGCCAGUGAAUCUGUGUUUGUGACUGCUGCAGUGUUCAAAGACUUCCUUCGAAAUAUUCCUGGUAGCAUAUUUUCCUCAGACUUGUAUGACAACUGGAUGGCAGCAAUGGAAAGGAACAGCCGUGAAGAAAAGAUAAAGGAAAUUCAGAGAUUGCUAGACCAACUUCCAAGACUGAAUACCCUCCUUCUGCAUUAUGUGUUUGGCGUGCUUCACAAAAUUGAGCAGCAGGCUGAGGAAAACCAAAUGAAUGCCUUCAACUUGGCGGUGUGCAUAGCACCCAGCAUCCUGUGGCCUUCCGCUCUCUGCAGCCCUGAGACAGAGUGCAAGUCCACAAAAAAGGUUGCCUUGUUUGUGCAGUUUUUAAUUGAAAACUGUUCCAGGAUUUUUGGCGACGUCUUCACUUCUCUCUUUGAAGUCUUAUCAUCAAGGAGGUUUGGGAGUAGAGAUGAUAGUUCAGAUCUCCCUUCAUUUCAAAUGCACGACUCCUCUUACAACAGUCUGGAAAAUGAGCUCAAUGAUGAAACUGACUCCACUCUAAUGACAAAAAGAAGCCAAGAAAAUAGAAGCAGGGAUUCAGUUCUGUCCUGGAGUGACUAUGACCUCGACCAGGUUGAGGAUGAAGCAGCUCAUCAAAAGGUCCCUUUGACAAUGAAGUCCUUACAAAUUCCUUCAGCUUCCCUGGAAGAAAGUGCGAUUUGCCAGUUUUCAAACAAAGCCCUCCUGGACUCCAGCAGUUCUGGUUACUCAACUUGCCAGGCGCUGACAGACCCCAAAAGGCACAGAAGGUGCUCUGAGCCAAGUAUAAUUCCUCCUACUUCACAGUUUGUUCAGCUGGGCCAGAGUCGCAAGCCUCUAAUCCGCAAAACUAGUUGCGAUGCUGUCCUGUGUCAGACAGCCGAAAACUGCAUUGAACAACUACAGAUCGGAGGCCAGAAACCAACAAAACACAAUGUGAAGGUGAGCACUGAUUUGGGUGAGUGGAGAAAUGGUGGCCAUAAAUCAGGUCGAAGGGGAUCAUUUAGUGGUCAACAUCAGCCACCUCCUCCCCUCAAAAUUCAGGUCCCUUCCACAAUGAGCAGUUCCAGUCUAUCUUCCCCAGGCACUCCCUUCUCCGGGUCCUCUGUAAGUUCAUGUGAUAGUGUUUUUAAAUACAAUCCAGAAUAUUUUGUCUUCACUCCAAGUGAAACCUCACCAUCUUGUUAUGCCACUCAGUCUCAGAAAGGCCAGCUGGCAGUGCUACCUAGCCCCGGUGUUUUUAAAUAUUUUCCUGGACAGCUGUCCCCUGGAUAUUACCCUAGACCAGUUCCUGCUUCCUCCUCCACUGCACUGGAGAAAUACAAGAGGUCUUCCAGUGUGACAGAAGAUAUCUUAACAAGCAUCGCUGUGAAGACUGAUAGAAGGAGAAAGGGAAGUGGAACUUGCAUGCUUAGAAAAAUGGAAAAUGGAGGUAAGCUUGAAGGUAAAAGUGGUUCAUAUUUUGAAGGAGCUUACGGAAAGUUGCCUGUUUCUGUCGCAGAAGGGGAAAGCAUGAUUCAAAAUGCAGACAAAAGCCAGUGUGCAGAUCCUCCUCCUUAUCCAGAGGGUGUUGGUUCACUACUGCUGAAUACAGCUGCAAAAGAGAAAGGAUUGAUGGUUCCAGCUUUGCAACAUUUAUUGCAAUCUGAUUCUCGGGAACUUGCAGGCAGCUCCAUUACUAGUGGUUCUUCUUCGCUGAGCACUGCCAGCAAGGCUUUUCCAGGACAGAGUGGGCCUUAUCGAAUUCCUCAGACUGUUUUUUAUGGGCAGAAUUCAGUGCUAUGUUUUCAAUCAAAAUCAUGCCAACAAUCAUCCCCUUUUAUGGUUGAUGGAAAUUCUAGUCAUAGUGCAUUAGAUCGGCAUUCUUUUAAAAUGGUUUCUUGCCCAAGUUCAGGCAAUGCCAAGGUAUUGGAGAAAAGGGGCCGGAUGUUCCAGGAAGAGAAGCUGUUUCCAUCCAUGAGUGGAGCCCACACGGCAGAGUGGGAGGCUAGCAGCAGGCAUCCUGAGGCUCUGUCACAUAAUGCAGCUAAAACAGCUAGGGAUUUUUUUUUCCAAACUGAUGCUGAGAACUGCUUGAUAACAACACAACGAUUGACAAAUGCAGCGAUCCAGAACAAGAAAGAAUGGCAAAAAGAAUGGUGCACCAAUUCAAAGCUCGAAAACUUUGAACAGGUGUUUUUCUCAGAGGAGUCUUACGUGUAAAAAUCUGUCUGAAAAUAUUGUCAUCACUUAUUUUGAAAAUUGAUUUAGAAAAUAGUUAAUCUUGAGCUAAUUCAUUACCUUGUGUUGUUAUUAGAACACGGAUUAACAGUCCAAACAGUGUAAAUAUACUUUUGACAAAUGUCAACUUUUAUAUGUUGCAAGUGUGCUUCAUGGUAUUCAUAUACUUAAUCCUCUGCAAAACUAAGUUGAAUUUACUUCUGAUGUUGAAACAAAAUAACUUCUAGAAAAAUAUCUACAUGUUUUAAAACUAAAAACUGCUAAACAGGUAGACAAGGGACUGUCCUGACAAUUCUGCCUGGCCCUGAUAUUAAACUGGGCACAGGUAGGGAUGUCAACAGCCCUGUAUUUUACAGAAUUUCUUUACUUAAAUGCAAAUAUUGUCCCCUUUGAGAUUUUAACAGAGAGAUGAGGAAGCAGGAUGAGCAGCCCAACCAUAAUAAUACAGGUGUUAACAGAUAUUUAGAUGGUGACCAAAAUUACAUAUGUAUGUGGGGGGGGGGGAGCAGGGAGAUGGACAAUAUGUUGUGGACUAGAAGCGGGGGACUUCAUCGUCUUAAUGUUUUUGUUAUCACCGUUGCAGCCUUAUCAACUUGAUGUGCUUCACUGACUGAAAAGUAAUACCCCUAGUACUUGAGCUCAAAUAGCUGACCUGGCUUAUUUUACUUCUAGUCACCCCUGAUUUUGGGGCCCACACAGAACACCAGGGCCUCACGUAGUCCAGCCCUUGUGGUUGUCAGUCUUCAGUAUCGCACGUGAUGCCACACCUACUGACUCUAGUGAUCAUGGUUAAGAUCCCGGAAUCAGUCACCAUUUUGAGACCAGAUUUGCCAUUUGAUCUGAUGGACGGCAAACAUGGAACAUGGGGAUGUGGUGGAAAGAAGGGGAAACAAAGAAAGUUUGUGAGAGAACAUCAAAAAUCUGCAGAUGCUGGAGGUCCAAAGCAAAGACAGGAAAUACUGGAAACACCCAAGCAGUAAGGCAGUAUCUGUGGAAAGAGGACAAGAGUCAAUACUUAAGAUUGAUGGAUAUUCAGGAGAAGUGUCUCUGAUAAAGGGUCUUUGAUAUGAAACCUCUGUUUCUCUUUCUAAAGAUGCUGCCUGAUCACCCAAGUGUCUCCAGCAAUUUUUGUUUCUAAUGACUGUGAAAGGGACUGAAUGUGAAAAGACCUAAUAAAAGGCAAUUGAAAGGCUUGGGUAAAAUGGCCAGCUUCUGUGUGAGGCCAGAUGUAAACCUGUCAUUAUUAAUUUAUCCAAUAAACAUUUUUCACUAUCUAUUGAGCUCUGGAGAUAAUUCAACAAGCCCUGCCUGCCUGUUGGAAGAAAUAUUGGUAACCUCAGCUAUUAAGUUAAUUGUUAGGCUUUUACACAGUAAAAUGAUACCUUGUACAUCAAUAUUAAUAAAUGGAGAUGAUUUGACAUUCCAAUGGACCAAUUGGGCAAUUCAAUGUGAUACUUUCUUAUUCAACUUUCAGUAUUAUAUUAAGAACCUGAAGCAGGUUGCCCCUCUCUCACCCAUUUGAUAAGGACAAAACCUGAGACAAAAAAUACAUUUUUUUAAAAAAUUAAAUGAUUUUACUAUAUUUGUCUAUCUGGUUCAAAAUGCACCAAAUACACCUGUUUAAAUGUGGUCACGUACCAAGGAAAGUAAUUUGAGAGAAAAUGGAAUUUAGCAUCAACCUGGUUUCCAUGGUUUCUAAAGGUUUGCAAUAUCAGUUCUUCGUUUAUGUCAAAGGUUGGCUUCAAGGUGUGGCCGUAUUUCCAAUACUGCUAUCCAAGGUUGUGUAAUGAGGCUAUGUGUAUGAUAGUUUCCCUUUUUAUUUUAUAGAAAAGAUUUAUUUACCUGUUGGCUGCAAGGUUUCUUUAGAACUAGAUGUUUAUUACAGAUCUCUAGCGCUUUUCAUUUUCUCUUUUUACUCCUCUAUGAAGUACUUUAUAUAAGAUCAUUAGUGUGAGUCAUUGUUCCGUUCCCCAGAGAGUUCCGUUGUUCUGUUGAGUGUUCACAGCUAUAUCUACCUUCUUUGUUUAU